ACCAUGUCAAACCAACAGCAGCCUCAAACCAUUUCAUUAAAUGGACAGCUCUUUGCUUUGCAGCCUGUGAUGUCGUCAUCAGGAACUACAAAUCAAACCCCUAUGCAAAUUAUUCAACCCACCACCAGCGAAGAUCCAAAUACCAACGUUGCCCUGAAUACAUUUGGUGCUUUGGCCAGCCUCAAUCAAAGCAUAUCACAAAUGGCUGGGCAAAGCUGUGUGCAGUUGUCUAUUAGCCAGCCUGCCAAUCCUCAAACUGUUGCAAGUAGUCAAAGCACCUCAGCUAACUGUGUUUCCUUAACAACUACUGUAGCACCUCCCACGACAACAGAUCAUUUAGCCACACUACCUAAUACAUAUAAUCUAGUGACUACUCCCUCAGCGAACACUGUAGCUUGUUUGCCACCUAAUGUGAAGUCCAAAAGGUUGAAUAAGAAGCCAGGUGUCAAGAAACAUUUAACAGCUAACAAGUCAUCCUGCCCUCUGAGUGCAGGCAGAGAUGUGGGGAAACUGGACUGCCCUAUCACGGAAGGGGCCACCGAGCCAUCCUGUAAUGACACACUGCUGGAUAACCUCCCUGUUGUCUUACCAUCUGUUGCUGUGUCCCAAGCAGACAGUGUAAACGUGUCAGGUUUGCAUUCUUUGGAAGUUCAGAAUUCUGAGUCUGUAUCCAAAUGUAAGUCAACCGAAGAAUCUCCCUCUCCCUCACAAGAGCCCAUAGCAAGUGAACAUUUUGCAAAGGUCCCAGCAAAAUCCAAAGAAUCCACCCCUGUUUUGCAACAAGAGACACCUCAGGAUAAGCCACCAGCUAGUGUGGCAUCAUUAGAUGCGGUCAAGUCCUGCACUUCAACCAACGUGUUGAUUCCAUCUCCAAACGAUCCCCACAUUUUAGUUUCUCAGGUUUCUGGUCUCCCAUCUGCCACAAACACUACAAGCACUGACUGUGUUUCUGAGGUUGAAAUCAUUGCUGAACCUUGUAGGACUGAGCCAGAGUCAUCUGAUACAAUGCAAACCACUGGUCUCUUAAAAGGGCAAGGCUUAACUUCCUUGCUGUCUAAUCUUGCUAAAGAAAAAGAUCCUCAGAAAACAUCUCUUUCAGUCCAUGUGGACCAUCCUGACUUUUCACCUGAAAAUGCUAAAAUAGUAGACCCAAGUGUGGACUUGAAUCCCAAACAGGAACUAUUACUGUUGAAUAGUGAUGGUCAAGAUCCACCACAGCAUCAUUCCUGCAUCCCUGAUCAGGAGGUGAUUAAUGGCUCUUUGCUCACUAGUCGCCAGGCCGACUCCCCCAUGUCAACCAGCUCUGGGAGUAGUCGCAGUUUCUCAGUGGCAUCCAUGCUUCCUGAAACAACCAGAGAGGACGUGACAAGCAGUGCAUCAACUAAUACAUGUGACAGCUGUACCUUCGGAGAGCAAACUGAUAUAGUAGCUCUGGCAGCAAGAGCUAUUUUUGACCAGGAGAACCUUGAGAAAGGAAGAGUUGGCAUCCAGGCUGAUGGAAGGGAAGUUCCUUCAAAGCCUUCUGAAACAUCUUCUUUAGAGGGUGAUCAGUUCAAAACGCAGAUACCUAAAGAGAAUGGCACAGGACAGGCAGAAGCAGUACCAAAUGAGUUUAAUUCUCAGGAUUCAAUUGACACAACUGUGGAUCAGCCCCUUGAAAAACCAAGUUGCUCCAUAGGAAUUCAAACAUCAAAUGCCUCAUUACAGGUUUCACCUUCUCAGCCACCAAGUAUCACCAGUUUAAGUGUGAAUAAUCUUAUCCAUCAGAGUGGCAUCACCCAUCCACUGGUCAGUUGUGCGGGCUUAUCCCAGUCUUCAGAGCAAACCACUGUUCCUUCAACAGUUAAUCAGAGUGUCUUAUCUGACUCUUACGGCAAUCAGCCUCCUGGGCCAUCCCUGAUGACCGACUAUGCCCAAGAACAGCUAAAUCCUAUGACCAGUAACAUCCCAAAUCCACAGAUUCAGGAACCACUCUUAAAGCCAAGUCACGAAAGCCGGAAAGAGUCUGCUAAGCGUGCUGUCCAGGACGACCUUUUGCUUUCCUCUGCGAAACGUCAGAAGCAGUGUCAGCCAGCUCCACUCAGACUUGAAAAUAUGUCCAUGAUGAGCCGAACUCCAGACAAUAUUUCUGAUCAGACUCAAAUAAUGGUCAGUCAGAUCCCUCCCAGCUCUUCCAAUUCCAUUGUGCCUGUAAGCAAUCCCACACAUGGAGAUGGCCUUACGAGAUUAUUUCCUCCUGCUAACAACUUUGUGAGCCCUGCAUUAAGGCAGACUGAAGUUCAGUGUGGUUCCCAGCCUUCUGUGGCCGAGCAGCAGCAAACCCAGGCCAGCCAACAUCUCCAGGCCCUACAGCAACAUGUUCCAGCUCAAGGGGUAUCUCACCUCCAUAGUAACCAUCUCUACUUAAAGCAGCAGCAGCAAGUGGGACAGUUAAGAGAGAGACAUCACUUGUAUCAGCUGCAACAUCAUGUCCCUCAUGCAGAGGGCUCUGUCCACUCUCAGCCCCAUAAUGUUCAUCAGCAAAGAACUCUGCAACAGGAAGUUCAGAUGCAGAAAAAGAGAAAUCUUGUUCAAGGCACUCAAGCCUCUCAGCUUUCCUUACAACCGAAGCACCAUGGAACUGACCCAGCCCGACCCAAGA